AGAAGAUGAAGCGACGGGCGGUGCUGGUGUUGAUACUGUUGACACAGACAGUUUCUGUGGUUAGUGCGCUGAACAAGACUGUGUACACGUACUAUGGCGACCAAGCGAAGAUGUCAUGGCAGUCCGCUGUAGCGUUUUGCCAAGAGCAAGGCCAAAACAUGAUCAGCCCCUCCACACAACUACAUACCGACAUUCUCAACACCAUAGCAACGCAGGCAGAUGGGAAACCGUGGUUCAAUAAAAUCCAGGAUACCUGGAUAAGUCUGCACGAUCCGAACGUCACAAACCCUGGUGUUGGCUACCACUGGCUUAUGCGGGCCAACAACACGUGCGCUCCCUUAGGGGUGUGGAGCAACUGGUAUCAAGGCUCACCUCAGAAUAAAGUGGUCAACCACUGCGUGAAGGCCACGUGGACCAGCACUGGGCUCCAAUGGGUCACAGAGCAAUGCUCCGUCACUCUGAGAGUCAUGUGCGUGUCGUCGGCAGGCCCGUGCUUGUUUUCUGAUGGCUGGGCCAACUCCACCAUCAACACGGACUCUCUGGCUGUCGUGAUGAGUGCCAGGACAUCUGUAGCCUGCAUGGAUCUGUGUCACAGCACCGCGGCCUUUGGUCUGGACUGCUGGGCGGCCGAGUGGACUGCCGCAUCCAGCAACUGCACUCUGCGCAUGUCCGAUCGUCCAUUUAAUAACUCGAGCUUGAACUUUUCCAUGGGGACUACGGUGUUCCUUGCAACUUGUCAUGUUGGUGUUUACGACGAGACCACAAAGCCUUUGGUCUCCACAAGCUUGAUGUAUGACCCCCCGUGUACCGAGGGCUCGGGUAUUUCAUCCUUCCACAAGUUUGCUCAUUCCAGUUCCUUCCCUCUGUUCUCUUUCUAUAUAUUAACAGGAAAGCACAGACACGACACAGACUUCUCCCUAUAG